GCUGCGCCUGGGUCCUGCUCCCUUGUGCAGACUGCUCUAGAAAGGGAGAGACAGAAAUCAGAACAGAAACGACCCUCCGGGAGUCCUUGCAACUGUCCCACCGCUUCUUUAACCUGCAUCUCCGGAGACCCUCUGUCAUUUACGUGUAUCCCUGACUUGGAUUACCUGGAGGGAGAGUUCCAGACAAGCUCUACAUCUCCUCCAGAAAGCACAAUUUGGAGUUAAAACUGUGAGGUAAACGGUUUGCAGCAAUUUCUGAUCCUCCAAUGGGAAACAGAUUCACGCAUGGCAGCUCAAGAAAUGUAAUCGCAGAGAACCAUGAAGUUUUGGAUAUGGGGAUAUCAGGACUUUUUGCACUCCUGGUGAUGUUACUCGGUUAUAUAAAGCCAGCAAAGUUGACUCCACUCCACCCCAUCUGUGACAUCAGAGUGCUGGACAAGUACAUUAGAGAGGCAAAGGAUGCUGCAGAUUCAACGAAACAGUGCGAGGAAGCCUGCACCCUCCCGGGAAACUUCACUCUUCCAAAGACCAAUGUCAACUACAGAGAAUGGGAAACAAAAGACUCAGGAACGAAAGCUGAGGAGGUUCAGACGGGCCUCAAGCUGCUCGCAGUUGCAGUCCAGAAGGCCCAGAACAUGACAGCCAACAGCAACAUGCUAUAUCUAAUAGAGAGAAGCUACAGUAAUAUCCGAAGCAUCACGCAGAUGGUGAGGAGUUUGAGUACCCCGGAUAUCCUAAAUCGGGAACGGGAGCUGCAGACCACUUUUAACACGAGAACACUGAGAACCAUUUUUCACGCAUAUUUAAAUUUCCUACAAGGUAAAGUCAGACUGUUUUUCCUGGACACAGAAGCUUGCAAUCUGGCGACAAGCUGACAGUCCCAGCUGAACACCAGCAGACUCUCAAAGAGCUUCCGAAGCAGAUUAUAAGCUGUAACCUUUGCAUUCUAAGCACAACACUGUAUAGCAUCAAAAAGGAGCGUAGAGAGAAGGAACAAAGAUAAUAGGGAAAAGAAGAAGAUGGUCUGGUUCAUUUGGAAUAUAAUGUUCGGAAGAGGAGCUGAAUAUCCAAUGGUAUACUGCCUGGAUAACGCAGCCAUGGAGACUGGUAAUCGGGAUAUAAGAACUCACAAAUGUUUGAACUCGAGAGAGAGAGAGAAAGAGAAAAUACGACACCUAAGGAGCCAUUUUGAGUAUGACAGAUCUACAGCAGAAAGUGUCUUUUUAUUGAUGGUGUCGCUCGCUGUUGACGGCAUUGUUUUAUAGAGUUCUGUGCAGACUGGACA